AUGUUUUGUUCAUUUUGCUGCAUUCUUCAGGUUAACCUCUCCCGAUUCGACCUCCACGAGGGCCAUUUGUUUGUUGAGGACACCAGCGGGGAGUGUGGCAUGCUGUUCCGUGCUCGUGCGUAUCCCAAGUUUGACAACGACACAUUUCCAGUGAACUUGGGUUUCUGCCAGGAGGGCAGCGACGUGGAGUUUGACCAGCACUCCAUGGACCUCAGGAACUUCCUUUGGUUUCAGGGCAACCUUGCGGUGCUCGACCUCAGCGAGGGCAGCCCACUGCAGGACUUGCUGCUGCAGGCCGACAACGAAACGCGGCUGCUCAGGACAACCUUCGAGGAGGACUGGGGCACGGCGGUGGCCACCAUCAACUACUUCGAGCAGCUCGAGGGCCUGCCCAAGGAGGAGAAGAUAUUUGUGUGCUGA